CGAUUACCCAUUGCUUUCACAUCUGCGUUUAUUCAAUCCCAACCAUUAAAACCACUUUCUCUCUCUCUCUCUCUCUCUCUGCACCAAUAAUCCUAUCUCUCUCUAAAAUAAACCAAACCAACGGUACCAACCAAACCCAGAUCUCUCUCCAAGCUUUGUACGAUAUUCCUCUGUUCCAGAUUUCUCCUCAUUUAAUGCGUCAGAAUCGGUUAUAGCCUCUAACUCUCUGUUUUUUUCACCCCAAUUUCUCUAUUGUUUUGUAUUCAAUUUUGCCCUGUAUAUUAUUGCUUCAUAAUUUUCUGGGUUAAAUCUGAACUUUUUGAAUGGCUAGGGGUUCAUUAUUUGAUUUAGAGAAGCAUUUUGCGUUCUAUGGGGCUUAUCACAGCGACCCAAUUAAUAUUAUUAUUCAUACUUUGUUUGUUUGGCCUAUCUUUUAUACCAAUUUGAUUUUGAUGGCCUUUACGCCUUCUCUGUUUCCUAUUUUUGACUUCCAUGAAAAUUUGGUACCCAAUUUGGGUUUCUUUUUCGCUCUGGUUUAUGGGAUUUUCUAUGUUUCAUUGGACAAGAAGGCGGGGUCUCUUGCUGCUCUUCUCUGUCUUCUUUGUUGGGUGAACAGCGCCUUUCUCGCUCAUCGACUUGGCUUCUCUCUAGCUUGGAAGGUAAGGGACAAUUCAAUCUCUCUCUCUAGCCUUUUAUUUUUGUUUUGCUUCAUGUUUUUGAAUAGUAUGCGAUUAUUUUUUUUAACAUCAUGUGAUCAUUUGAUGUAUCGUGUUCUUGAUUUCAGUUUGGUAUCUGUAGUUUAUCAGUUGAUUGGGUGAAUUUUAGAAAAAAUU